AUUCAAACUCGAGGGUGUCCGCAAAACGUCUCGCAAAGUCCAGGGUGCAAUCUGUAAAAGAUCUCCUCUCCGAAACAGAGGCCUCCAGUCCUUUACUCUAUACUCUACUGCGAACCGCCCCUCCGCCUCCCGUUGCCCCACCCUCCAGUCCCCUUCUCCCCCCCUUGCUCCACGCGACGUUGCCCGCCGUCCACCUCGCCGGCGACGAUGAACGGAGGCGGGCGGAGGCGGUACUCAUCGGAGCAUCUCCCCUUCGACGUCCCCGCCAAUGCCGUCGCGGCCGGCGCCGGCCUGUGGGCGCAGCAGCGCGGCGGGGUGCGGCGCGGGGACGGGGAGAUCUUCGUGUCGGUGGAGCCGGCGACGCCGGCGCGGCUGCGGGGAGGGGACGCCGCGGCGGCGGCGGCGGCGGGCGACUCGCCGGGGCAGAGGCAGCAGCUUAGCCCCGGGCUGCUCGAUCUCCACGCGUUUGACACCGAGCUAAUCCCCGAUUUUCAAGUACCAGGGAUGUAUGAUGGUGCCCAAAAAUUUGGCUAUGGAGGAGGUUUUGAUGAUUCAGAUCUGAGCUUUGCAGCAAAUAAAGAGAUGAGCAAGUCCACCGUUUUCGCUGAAAGUAACUACCUGAAGGCCUUCCCUGAGAAAGUGAAGGCAGCGCCUGUUGCUAAAAUCAAAGUGGUGGUGCGCAAAAGACCACUUAACAAAAAAGAAAUUUCAAAGAAAGAAGAAGAUAUCAUAGACAUUGAACAAAGAUCAAACUCUCUGACUGUCCAUGAGACUAAACUUAAGGUUGACCUUACUGAAUAUGUUGAAAAGCAUGAGUUUGUAUUUGAUGCUGUGUUAGAUGAAGAUGUUUCAAAUGAUGAGGUUUAUCGUGAAACAGUAGAACCUGUGGUUCCUGCAAUUUUUAAUCGAACAAAGGCAACUUGUUUUGCUUAUGGACAAACUGGUAGUGGAAAGACGUACACCAUGCGGCCCCUUCCUCUUAAGGCCUCCCAAGAUAUCCUGAGAUUAAUGCAUCAUACAUACCGCAACCAAGGAUUUCAGUUAUUUUUCAGCUUCUUUGAGAUAUAUGGUGGUAAAUUAUUUGACCUCCUCAAUGAUAGGAGUAAACUUUGCAUGAGAGAGGAUGGAAAACAAAAGGUUUGCAUUGUUGGUUUACAAGAGUAUAGAGUGUCUGAUGUUGAAACUAUCAAGGAGUUGAUUGAAAAAGGCAGUGCCACCAGAAGUACUGGUACAACUGGUGCAAACGAAGAGUCCUCAAGGUCUCAUGCCAUUCUUCAGCUUGCUAUUAAAAGACGUGUUGAUGGCAAUGACUCCAAACCACCUAGACCGGUUGGCAAGUUGUCAUUUAUUGACCUUGCUGGCAGCGAGCGUGGUGCUGAUACAACUGAUAACGAUAAGCAAACAAGAAUCGAGGGUGCUGAGAUCAAUAAAAGUUUGCUUGCCUUGAAGGAAUGCAUUAGAGCACUUGAUAACGAUCAGAUGCACAUUCCUUUCCGAGGUAGCAAAUUAACUGAAGUUUUGCGUGACUCAUUCAUUGGAGACUCACGCACUGUCAUGAUAUCAUGCAUUUCCCCUAGUUCUGGCUCUUGUGAGCAUACUCUGAACACAUUGAGAUAUGCGGAUAGGGUGAAGAGUUUGUCGAAAGGAGGCAAUGCCAAAAAAGAAGUGCCUUUGGCAGCGCCUUUAAGAGAGUCGGGUCCUUCCCCGCUGUCUUCAGUUGUACCCUCUUUCUCUGCAUCUGAGGUGAUGAAUGAUAUCACUGAAAGAAGUAAUUUUGGUUGGCCCAAGCAACAGUUUGUGAAAGAACAGCCAGCUCCAACAUUUGCGGAUCGAAUGCCCAAGGUGAAGGAAGGGGUGGACUUCAGCUCAUCAAAUGGCAUUUAUUUCAAGGAACAAAUAAGCAAGGGUAAUAUGGCACAAAACAUAGCUGAAGUACCAAAUACAAUGUACCAGCAGGGAAGGCAACUAGCAAGGAGGGCUAAAGACUCUACUUUGGAGAAUAAUAUGAGAAAUUCCAUUGCUUACCCUAUUAGAAGGGCUGAGCCAGAUGAAGAAAAUGAGCAUCUAAAUGAUCUCCUCCAGGAAGAGGAAGAUUUGGUGAGCGCUCAUAGAAAGCAGGUGGAAGAGACUCUGGACAUCCUCAGAGAGGAAAUGAACAUGUUAGGCGAAGCAGAUCAGCCUGGUAACCAACUAGAUGACUACAUCACAAGACUAAGCAGUAUACUCUCGCAGAAGGCUGCUGGAAUUGUCGACUUACAAGCUCGGCUGGAGCAGUUCCAGAAGCGUUUAAAUGAGAACAACGUGCUGCUGUAUGCUUAGCGGCCUUGGUCAUAGUUACCUCAGUGGCUUAGUCAGCCCCUAUUAUGAGACUAAUGAGAAAGGCAUCGGCAGAUUCUGCCUGGGAGGUGGACACCGAUGUGGUCGUCUUCCGUGGCCAUGCUGCUGCAGUCUGAACCCACAGGCGCAAGGCAAACUCAGAACUAGAUGGCUAGUUCACAGCUUCUUGCCAUGAUGGCUAUUGGUUAGUUUGCUGGUUCUUGGUAUGGCUGGCUCCGUAAGCUUUUUUGUACUAGAGUUGUGUGUUCGUGCGUUCCAUCCUGUGUAUAUCUAUCUGUGUCACAUGAGUGCCCUGCUAUCUGUUACUCAACAAAUACCCUUUUUUUGGUCGGUCUGAUGUAUGAAGAUUUUCAGAGUGUAAUCGUUUUCUUUUCAAUCAUCCAAGUAUACAAACAUUUCACCCUGUA